AUUUGUAGUCUAUGUUUUAAUGAUGUGAAUGAUGGUUUACUAAGCAAUAUUUACAUGAUCUAUCUGUGUGAAUGAAACUUCAUGUGUUCACUCGUUCAGUAAUGACUGUGAUUGAAGAAUUAAAGCGGUUGAUGUUUGUUUGAUGUGUGAUUGUGUUUUGCGCCCUCUGGUGUCACAAUACUGUAGCGCAGCUGACAGACCUACUGAAUAACAUCCGAGAUUUAAAUAACCAAUCAGCCCGCGAGCAUGAGCGCAUCUAUCUGCGUUUGACCAAUCACGUGAGGAUAAAUACAUGUAAGGCGGAGUCGACACUUCUGAUUGGCUGUUCAGCGUAUUGACAUCGUGGAGAAAUAAGAAAUCAAGCUAAAAUCACCUUCAUCUGAGCAAAUAUUCGCCAACACGAUGGACAGCUCGUCUCAACAGCUUCGGGAAACUCUCGUCUCGUAUCACAGUCUGAAUGAAUCCGAGUGGAACAUCGCGAAGAAAUCAAAGGAUGUGACCGUGUGGAGGAAACCAUCGGACGAGUUCAGCGGAUUUCUAUAUAAAGCCGAAGGAACUGUCGCGGAUAAUCCGCGGAGGAUCAUUGAUUUCAUGAUUCCCGGGCCCUGCAGGAUGAGCUGGGACAGUAUGAUGACUUCGAUGGAGAUUGUGAAAACACUCGACGAGGGCUGUUGUGUUGUGAAAUACACCACCGCGGGGCAGCUGAGGAACAUCGUUUCUCCGCGAGAGUUUGUGGAUUUCUCCUACACCUGCGACUAUCAGCGCGGCCUGAUGUCCUGCGGCGUGAGCGUCGAUCAUGCCGAGCAGAAGCCGGGGUUCGUUCGAGGAUUCAAUCACCCGUGCGGCUGGUUCUGUGUGCCGACGGAGGAUCCCGCUGUCAGUCUACUGACCGGAUACAUCCAGACGGACCUGAGGGGAAUGGUGCCGCAGACGGCCGUGGAUUCGGCCAUGGCUUCUGGACUGGUCAGAUUUUUCCAUGAUCUCAGACAAGCUCUGAAAGUUUAGCCUCCAUGAAACACAGAACUGGAAUGUAUGUGAAAUCAAUAUGACGUAUGUUGUGAUAUUGCUGCUCUCCACAGAUACUGUAAAUGAUCCUCACAGGACACAUUUAUUUAUUAUUGCACUUCAUGUUUUGUUUUUGUUCACGUUUGCUUUUGGUUUAAUGUGAUUUUAAACCAUUGUGAUUUUUUAAUACAGGUAUUUUUCAUAAAAUUAUGUUUUUAAAAAAAAUCUUAUUAAUAAAUUGUAUGACAUUCUCCAUUGUCUCUCUUUCUGAGCACCUGGACUUCAUAAAAAAAAAAAAAAAAAAUCACAGUUAAUUUGUUUAACCUAAGUAUUUACAUAUAGAUUUGUGUGACUGUUCAACUGAUUUGUUUAUUUUCCUCAAAUGGAUGAAAUGUUUAAAGGAAACCGAACAGUUUGAUGGUGAAAUAAAUAUUUUUUUUUCUUAUUAACCCUUUCAA